AUGUAUCCCAUUAUUGCUUUUUUCCAUCCUGAAGGGCUCGAAGUAGUUUUGAGUGGAACAAAAAAUUUAUCAAAAUCACCUGAUUAUGACUUUUUACAACCAUGGCUUAAAACCGGUUUGCUGACAAGUUCUGGUUCAAAAUGGAAAAGUCGCCGAAGAAUAAUAACGCCUGCAUUCCAUGAAAAAGAAAUUUUAAACACGUUUGUGGACAUACUUAAUGAGCAAACAAAACUUUUUAUUAAUCUCAUUGAGAAAAAUGCACAAAACAAUAAUGCAUUUAAUAUGUAUCCUAAAAUAGCCGCAUGUACUUUAGACAUUAUAUGCGAAUCAGCAAUGGGAUUUACGGUGGGUGCUCAAUUACAAAAAAAUGCAGAAUAUGUUAAUGCUGUAGUAUCAAUAACGGAUAUUAUUUUUAAACGACAAAGAUCACCUUGGCUAUGGCCUGACUUUAUAUUUAAGUUGGCACCGAUUGGUCGUAAGCACGAUAAAUGUUUAAAAAUUAUUCAUACAUUCACACAGAAAGCAAAUUUACUUCUCAAACAAAUGCAUCAAGAACACUUGACAUUAAACGAUAUUCAAGAAGAAGUUGAUACGUUUAUGUUUGAAGGUCAUGAUACUACCGCAGCUGCUAUUAAUUUUACUUGUUUUAUGAUUGCAUCGAAUCUGGAUGUUCAGGAAAAAUUACAUGAAGAGAUGAAGCAAAUAUUUGGUAUUGGUGAUGAUGAUGAAAGACCGUGUACGAUGGAUGAUUUGAAAUCAAUGAAUUAUCUUGAAUGUGUCAUAAAGGAAACUUUACGUUUGUAUCCAUCUGUUCCUAUCAUUGCCAGAAUAGCUCAAGAAGAUUUUGUUUAUUGUGGUCAUAAAAUUUUGGCUGGUACGACUAUAGCCAUCUUUGUUUAUUUUAUUCAUCGCGACCCAAAACAUUAUCCAAACCCAAACAAAUUUGAUCCUGAUCGUUUUCUUCCCGAACAGAGUGCUGGUCGCUCUCCGUUUGCAUAUAUUCCAUUUUCAGCUGGAUCUCGGAAUUGCAUUGGUCAACGUUUUGCAUUAUUAGAAGAGAAAGUAAUAUUAUCAUCGUUAUUAAGAAAAUUUUCAUUGAAAACAAAGCAGACAUCUGGAGAUCUUCGUCUUGCUGCUGAAAUUAUUUUAAGAACUGAAACCGAAGCGAUGAUAUCAGUUGAACCACGAAAAAAUUAA